AGAAUCAAAAAUAUUGUAGAGCGGUUAUAUAUUCUAAAUAACUAGUAUUUGGAAGCAAAAAAAAAAAAGGAAACUUUCGAGAGGAACUACAGUAAACUGUGGCAUUAUGUUCAAAGCACUGUACUUUAUCUGCACCCUAGGGGCUAUUACUCUGUUACAAACAGUUGAAUGUUACUCACCCUACGACUAUUCCGAUAAAUACGGACCAACUCAACAAUUACAGGGUUUAUAUAACUCUCAUCAGUUCGAUCAAUCAAACGACCUGUCAGACCCACGAUAUCCUCCUCCAGAACCUCAAGACUCCAUGUACACUGAUGAAAAAGAUCAAUGGGACCCAUCAAUGAAAUCAGACUCACCCUACGACUAUUCCGAUAAAUACGGACCAACUCAACAAUUACAGGGUUUAUAUAACUCUCAUCAGUUCGAUCAAUCAAACGACCUGUCAGACCCACGAUAUCCUCCUCCAGAACCUCAAGACUCCAUGUACACUGAUGAAAAAGAUCAAUGGGACCCAUCAAUGAAAUCAGAACAUUCGGCUGUACCACCCGAGAUGCACCAAACUGAACCACAAACGCAAAUUUCUGAAAAUUCGAACUCCCAGCAAAACUCGAAUGAAGAAUGCAAGGAAUUAGGAUCUUUCCUUCCCGAUCCUAAGGACUGCCAUAAGUAUUACGUGUGCGUCGGUGGCUCGGCAAAACAAAGCAUGAAUUGUGGUCCAGGAACAGCAUGGGAUCAAUCCAACACCGUCUGUGAUCACGAACACCGUGUCAUGUCGUGCAAAAAUAAAUAAAAUGUUUGAAGAUGCCAAAUCGGGUGACUGGGUGACUACGAAAACAACAAAAUAUAUUGUCAAUAAAAUAAAUUAUUUAAAUAAAAUAUGAUUUUUUUAACUUA